CACGCAAAACGCACAGCUAUAUAUGUGUACGCUAAUCAUCCAUGAAUUGUCCCAACCUCAUUUCCUUAAACGCCUACGCAUAGCUCUCACCAUGUAUCCGCCUCUGGUUCUGGUCCUUGCAAUCUUCUUCGCCGUGGCCACUGCCAUAGCGGCCUUGUCGAGUCCCCUCCCGCACCCACUCGACCCACUUUCUCCCACGGAGCUCACGGCGGUAAGGUCCGCCGUCCUCGCCUUCUCUCUCGUCGCUUCCCGCCCGAUAUCCUUUCACUAUGUCGGCCUCGAUGAGCCGGAGAAGCCCGAUGUCCUCUCUCACACCAACGCCGCCGCCGCCGCCAUCCUCCCACGCCGCGCGUUUGUGAUCGCCCGAGCCGGCGGCCUCUCCCAUGAGUUUUACGUCGAUGUCACCAACACCUCCGCUCCCCGUGUGGUUUCGCAUGGUAUUCACGAUGGCCCUGGCUUCCCAAUGUUCACGACCGAGGAGCAGGUGGCGGCGGGACAGCUUUCACGCGAGUACCCUCCCUUCAGGGAAUCCUUGCAGCGACGUGGGCUGGCCUUGACCAAUGUGGGGUGCGGGGUGUUCUCCAUGGGAUGGUUUGGAAAGAAUGAGGCGAGGCGGUUGGCGAAGGUGCAGUGCUUCAUUGUUGCAGGCGGCACCGCCAAUUACUAUGCGCGGCCACUGGAAGGCGUGACGCUGCUGGUGGAUGUCGAGAAACUGGUUAUCGUUGCGUAUAGAGAUAGGGCAGCGUACUCGGUGCCCAAAGCUGAGGGGACCGACUACCGCGCCGGCAAGGCUAGGCCACCGUUCAACGGAGCGGUGCCGGCGCCUGGCGUCGUGGUGCAGCCGGAGGGCAAGGGCUUCCACAUAGACGAUCAUAUUGUCAGGUGGGCCAACUGGGAGUUCCACGUGGGUUUUGACAUGCGAGCCGGCACAGUCAUCUCUAUGGCUUCUGUCCACGACGCUGAUGCCGACCUAUGGCGGCGGGUUCUCUACCGCGGUUUCGCCUCGGAGAUCUUCGUGCCAUAUAUGGACCCGGAGGAGGAGUGGUACUUCCACACAUUCAUGGACGCCGGUGAGUACGGCCUUGGCGUCUCGGCUGUCCCGCUGCAGCCUGAGGCUGAUUACCCAGCCAACGCCGCCUACAUGGAUGGUUAUUACGUCGACGCGGACGGCAAGCCGGUGAAGUCGGAGAACAUCAUCUGUGUGUUCGAGCGGUACGCCGGCGAUAUUGCAUGGCGCCACACCGGGGUCGCGGGACCAAUCGCACCGAUCACGGAGGUCCGGCCAGACGUGACCUUGGUGGUGAGGAUGGUGGUGACGGUUGGAAAUUAUGACUACACAUUGGACUGGGAGUUCAAAACCGUUGGCUCCAUCAAGACCGUGGUGUCCCUUAGUGGUAUCUUGGAGAUGAAGGCGACGAAUUACACACAUGUCGACCAGAUUAGAGAUGACAUACAUGGCACGCUGAUUGCCGAGAACACCGUCGGUGUCUACCAUGACCACUUCAUUACCUACCACCUUGACCUUGACAUUGAUGGUACCAAGAACUCUUUCAUCAAAAAUACCAUCAUUCCAAAACGCAACACGGGCGUUCGUGCAACCGGCGGUGCUCCCACACCAAGGAGCUACUGGACGGUACUCUAUGAGGUGGCCGAAACUGAGGCUGAAGGCCAGGUGAACAUUAAUGGCGCACCUGCUGAUCUCCUCUUCGUUAACCCAAGCAAGAAGACAAAAGUUGGCAAUGAGGUCGGUUACCGGCUCAUUCCAGCCGGUGCGACGGCAACAUCAUUGUUGGCCAACAACGACUACCCACAGCGCCGAGCAAGCUACACUAAGAAACAGGUGUGGGUUACGCCAUAUAACAAGUCGGAGAAGUAGGUGUCCGGGCUGUACGCCGAGCAAAGCACGGGAGAUGACAACUUGGCUGCGUGGAGCAAGAGAAACAGAAGGAUAAAGGACGAGGACAUCGUCCUCUGGUACACGGUUGGCCUGCACCAUGUUCCGUGCCAGGAGGACUUUCCUGUGAUGCCGAUGAUUAGUGGUGCAUUCGAGCUCCGGCCAUUCAACUUCUUUGAGAGAAACCCGCUGAUCAGGACCAGGCCACCCGGGAACUCCCCAAACUGCUCGUGCAGCUUUGGAAGAUCCGGAUAAGGUGAUCGAUGCUGCCGUGCAACUUAAUUAUAUUUGAGAUGUCCUUCGUACUUACUCGGAUAAUGUCGAAAAUCUAACUUUGUGACGUUUUUGUAUCAUUUAAUUUCAUUUUCAGUACCAGUUGAAUAAAUUGUGUUUAAGUUGUGAGAA